UGGUUUGUGUGAAUUCAGACCAAAAGAAACACACCAUCCAAAUGGCUGAGAGCUUCCUUAGUUCCUAUUUAUCUGCAAGGCAAAAGCCUGUUCUGUUCAGUCCAACCCUGCUGAUGCAUUUAGCUCCACGCUGGGGACCCUGUCACAAGGACAGAGUGAGUCCACAAGCCAUGAAUCUUUAUGUCUCUCUGCAGAGAGUGUCAGGGAAGGGGUUGAUCAGUACAAAAAGUGUUAGUGAGGCAAUGUAAUUUAAACACCAAAUUUGAACUGGACUGAGAAACCUGUAUCCUUCGUGCCUACCACUGAAUACUUGCAUUGACUUGUUUGCCUUCACUGGGGCAUGGCUGGGUUUGAACCUGUGGUUGAAUAGUGAAAAAGCUCAGUUGCCAAUGUACUAAACCAUUCCCAUACCCUUCCAUCCUAAAGUGUGCUUUUAAAGCUUUUUGACCCUCUGAUCCAAUUAGUUUGCCCAAAUUAAUUAUUCGAAAGGAGCCCCAACAGAAUGCCCUGACUCCUGCCCCACAUGCAUGACUUUGAGCUGAAGUCUUCACUGAGCAGGAUACAAAUCCUUUGGCUGCAUGUGACCAUGAUACAGCUCUGGUUCUUGACCUUGUGUCCACUGUUUAACCAUGGAGACUCUGAGGUGAGACCCCCUCUCUCAAAGACAGUAUCUUCCUGGAAGCAUGCAGAAGCAGUGUGUUUCACUUCGAGACGGGACACCAGCUCACAGCAUGCCAUGGAAACAUUUACUCUUUCUCUCCCUUGCCUGCUGUGUAGUGAGAUUACAGAGCUACCUUAAAUAAGCUCUGGCUAUGACUCUUAUCUUGGUCUUUGCAAACUAGCAGAAAGUUGAAGUGAUGACAGCAGAUAAGGGUGUUCUCUUUUGAAGCUUAUUGGCUGGUUCUCUGGAUUUUUUUUUCCCCUGAAGGCCAGUCAUUCAGAGGUAUAGCUGCCAUAGACUGAUAGUUACAUCCCGCAGACCACGGAGGGGACAAGAGGGGCCAGGGUCUAGAAGGGCAGAUAAUCUCUCAUCAGCUGGUUUAGCUGUGUCACUUGCCUGGGGAUGAGACCUGCGUAAUACUGUCAGCCGUGAGAAGUGUGGACUCAUGUUUUCCUUGACUUUUCUUCACCUUGAAGGACAGCAAAAUGGAUCCUGGUUGUUAACUCCCCACCUUCUUGGCCUUGGGACAGUGAGAAAAGUUCAGUGUUGCUUAUGGUGGAAGUGAGGGAGCUGGGGCUGGUUCACAGCAGGCUUACAUAUUAAACCAUCGUAUCAAAGGCGAGCCGCAGUCUGACAAGAAAUGUAACCUGAGGAGAAAGGACACUACUGCGUUUGAGCACGCUGAGGGAUUCUUGCAGGACCUGUCACUCUUUCAGUGCUGUAGCCUGAGCAGGUCUUACUGGUUUUUACUGAAGUGGUGGGAGCCGAAUGGGGUGUGGGCUCAUUUCUAUUCAUCCACAGACGUCUCCACAAUCUUCUUUUCUCUUUUUUAAUUUCCCCCUGGAUAUAAAUUGGAGAAAUAGUGUCUGUCAAGUUUGCUGCCACCUGGGCUCAACCCAGCUGAAUCAGUUUUGGAGGAUACCCUUGCUGCAACCCUCUGGACGUGCUCCUAGGAGGAGAAGAAGCUAAAGCAAUUUGGCAUCGUUGCUGUAGUUUGAGGAAAAACAGUUCUUUUGACUUCAAAGAGAGCUACCAGAAGGAUCCGUGUGAUGUCCUGAUCUCCCCUCAUCUGCCUUGUUGAGCAUGGGGUAACAGUGUUUGACCAUGGUGGUCACCCAGUUACAGUUGGAACUGUGCUUCCAUGGCAAGAAGCUGAGAGGUUUCACCUGCAAGUUGACCAGGUCAGCCAGUGGAUUUCUCCCAGAGACUUCAUUCUCCAUUGCCUCCCAGAUUUUCAUGCCGUUCCUUCUGGCUGGCUUGGGCAUGGUAGCUGCUGGCCUCUUGAUGGAUGUUGUUCAACACUGGGAUGUGUUUCGGACAAUUACGGAAGUUUUCAUCCUGGUUCCUGCCUUGGUUGGCCUGAAGGGUAAUCUUGAGAUGACGCUGGCAUCCAGGCUCUCUACUGCUGCUAACACCGGACAGAUGGAUGAUGCCCAGAAGCAAUGGAAAAUGGCCACCUGUAAUUUAGCCCUUAUCCAGGUCCAGGCCACUGUGGUGGGACUUCUGGCAGCUGUUGCUGCUGUGAUCCUGGGAGCCAUCUCCAAGGGCUCUGUGGAGCUGAGCCAGGCUGCUGUGCUGUGUGCCAGCAGCGUGACUACAGCCUUCAUAGCUGCACUUUCUCUUGGUCUGGUGAUGAUUGGUGUGAUCAUCGGGGCAAGGAAAGUUGGGAUCAAUCCAGACAACGUCGCCACACCCAUAGCAGCAAGCCUUGGAGACUUGAUAACCCUUUCCCUGCUGGCGGGAAUCAGCAGUACACUCUUCAAAUACAUAGAUAUGAAAUACCUUUCUCCUCUGAUCUGUGCUGUCUUCAUUGUCAUGAUCCCUCUCUGGGUUGCUAUCGCCAAGCAAAGUCCUUCCCUCGCUGAAGUCCUGAAAUCUGGAUGGCAGCCGGUCAUUGUUGCGAUGAGUAUCAGCAGCAUUGGUGGGCUCAUCUUGGACAAAACUGUAACUGACCCAAACUUUGAAGGCAUGGCAGUUUUCACACCUGUGAUUAAUGGUGUUGGAGGGAACCUGGUCGCCAUCCAGGCCAGCCGUAUUUCCACAUUCCUGCACUUCUGGAGCAUGCCUGGAGUUUUGCCAUACAAGAUGAGGCAGAAUUGGCCCAACCCAUGCACCACAUUCUUCUCAUCAGAGGUGAAUUCCAAGUCAGCCCGAGUCCUUUUCUUCCUGGUUAUCCCGGGGCACCUUGUGUUCCUCUACACCAUCCAUCUGCUGCAGGGAGGCCACACGUCUCUGUCCUUCACCUUUGUGAUGUUAUAUCUGACUGCUGCUUUGCUGCAGGUGGGAAUCCUGCUCUACGUGGCUGACCUAAUUGUGCGCCUGAUGUGGAGGAAGGCGCUGGAUCCGGAUAAUUUCUCCAUCCCCUACCUCACUGCCCUGGGGGAUCUCCUGGGCACCGGAUUCCUGGCCGUCUGUUUCCACCUGGUUUGGCUUGUCCAUGGUGCAGACAUGAACCUGGGGAACUGAGAGACCAUGUGCUGCUCCGCAUCACUUAUGCGACACAGUGCUUUCCUCUGGGACAACAGGGUACUUGGCGAUGAGUGCUGGGUCCCCAGCUGGAUUUGGCCUCCCCUGCCGCCCCUGAUGCCCCAUCUCUCCUCCCUGUCGUGCCUUACUGCUGGGCUCACCCGCCCUGAGGAACGAGCACCCACAGCAAGCUGGUUUUAAGCUGUGCCUGCUGCUCGCACCUGUGCCUGGCAAACAAGGUGUUAAGGAGCAUUUGGGCCAUUUGUAAUGAAUGAGCAUUUUGAUCGGUUUGACACAGCCCAGGCUGCUCCAGAGCCUGCUGAGGUCACUGCAUCCAGUCCUGCAAGUGGAUGUCGCAACCUCUCUGUCGGACUCUGACUUCCCAUCAAAGGAAAUUCUUUAUUUGCCCCCCUUUUCUCUCCCAGAACAUCCAUGGAGGAGGAGAGCAACCAGGUCUUUAAACGUGUCUCGUCUCCAUCGCUCAGACGCUCAGGAUCUGACGCAGUGAGCUCCUUGCUGGCUUGCACCCAGCAGGAGGUUAUCUAGGCGUACCGCCUACCUGCCCUGGCAGUGUCACUGCUGUCUGACCGACAAACUGCAUUGAUUGCAUUUUGGGGUUAGGAAGGUUUGUUUUUACGGUUUAUGAAAUGUCCAGUAGUUAAAAUGUUUAUAGAAACACACACACAAAUAAAGUGGUUAAAGAAGGUAA